CGCCGCCUCCAUGUCCCGCAGGAAGGGGCGGAGCGCCGCGCCGCCGUUGGGGCCGCGCGAUGAGCGGACGGGGGGAAGCGCUGCAAGGAUACAACGCCGAGCUGCUGGAGGCGCUGGCGGAGCUCCGCGCCCGGCGGGAUGAGCUGAGCGAACGGAUCCGGGAGGAGGAGGCGGAGCGCGGACGGUUGCAGAGCCGCAUCGCGGCGCUCACGGAGCGUUUGGCACGGAGCUCCGAGCGCACGGCCCGGCAUCUGAGUGCGCGCCGCCAGCUGGACGCCAGCAUCGCUGAGAGCGAGGCGGCUUACGGCAAGAUUCUGGAGAGUUCUCAGACAUUGCUAGAUGCCCUGAAGGGAGAAAUUGGGAAUGCUAGCAAAGCCAGUGAGUCUGCAAGCACCUCAAAACAAACACGUGGACAAAAGCAUUCCUAAAGCUGUUCUUCAGCCUGGCCAGGCCCCUUGGCUGGGGGCAGCUGCUGUUCUGGUAUAAGGAUGCCACCAUUAAUAAAAGCGUGUUGCAGGAGUAUAUGUUCCUUUCAGAAGCAUUUUGGUAUUAGAGAACUGCUGCAUGUCACCCCCUCCCACCAGAGCACCACAGGCCUGUCCCAGCUAGGGAAAGUGUGGGCACAAAGCUCCUUCACUGGGAUCAGCACCACAGCAGCACUUCAGCUGGCUGAAAGCAGCAGAGCAGCCUGCAGGAUAUCAUUCAGCAUCCCUCAUUGACCCACAGCAGAACGAAGCCAGGGCAGGCAGCUCUGGGUUCACCACUUACACAUUUGUUACUCUGCAGCUCAGGAGCCAGGGCUGCCGUAAGCUCACGGCCCGAGCUUCCCAAAAGAUAUAAAAAGGUAUGAAGAACAUUUUCAGAUCAUAGGUCAGUGUCAGCUCGGCUAGACGUUGCCUAUAUAUAAUACACAAAGCAAUAAAACCCAAACAUCACCAAAAGAUGGCAGCCUGGUCCUUCAGAUAGAGCCACGUGUGGGGGCACUGCCCAUCUCAUAAAGCCCAAAGAGGCUGUGUCUAUUCCAACUGCAUCUCUUUUAAUCCCAGAAGUACAAAUCACAUUAGCAGCAGUGUUCAGUCUUUUCCAGAGUGUAAUUUUGACCCUGAGUGUACAGUCGUAGAAAAUUUAAAUGGAAGAGACUAGUGGAUUCCUUUGCAUAUUGGCUGCAUCAAACAAUUACAACAGAACUAUAAAAAUACUAGAAAAAAAAAAUCAUAUUCCUUGUUCAAGUUCUGCAGAAGGAAGGAGUGAAAUGGUCCUCCUGUGCUUUGCAUAGAGAAGUAGAGUGAGCAAGGCAAGAAGCAAAUCUCCCCACCACCUAAGACACAAAUCUUGGGCCUGGCCCCAUUAGAUGCCAAAACAAAACAAGAGGAACUGGCAAACAAGCACAAUUAGCAGUAGGGACUGGAGAGCAGAGGCAGUUACAGAGAUCAAAGCUAUGGCCAAUGUUUGGGAACCUUCACAAGGCUCAAGCUGGACUGGGUGCUUCCUGCUGUCAGUGCAAAAGUGACACCUAAUGCUGAAGGCAUUAAUUCCCCUCCCCAUCACCCACACAGUGCAUUCAGCUUCCUUCACAAGAGCUUAACUGGCACAUAAAUUCCAUGACAGUUUGGUGAAACUAGACCCAAAAACA